AUGAUGACGGAGAAGCUGCCCCAGGUUGUCAAGGUUGUGCAGCGUCUGUGCAGCGACCCUAGGAUCCGGGUGAGGACGGCUGUUCUGCAUUUCAUCAAGGAUCUGCUCAGUUCUAACACCCGGAGCUGCUCAGCCUGGGAUGUGGUGGGGCACAUCUUCAGUGAGUUCAGCCGCACCAUGGAAAGAAGGGCAGCCAGACACCUUUCUACCGAGGAAGCCCAGGAAGAAGGAGCUCUCCAGGAGCUGUGUAUGGACAUCCUGGGGUCACUGGACGUCUCUGUGAGAGGGAUAUCCAAACUCCUGUGGCCGCGGCUGCUGUUGUUCGUGGUGCCAGCCCAGUACACCGGCAUGCUGAUCCCGGUCUCCCGCUGUAUCCAAGCCCUGUCUGAGAGAGAGGAUCUGACAGGACGGCAAAUAGAAGAUCUGGAUCCCCACUUUGUCAGCUCCAUGUUUCAAGGCCCACUGCUGACUCCCCAGACACUGCUGGUGCGCCUAUUGUUGGUGGCAGGCAGCCCUGUUGCAGGCAGCAAACUCCAAGCCGCUGCCUUACUGCUGAUGCAAAACCUGCACAGCAGGUUCCACAGAGCUGUGGGAGCCAUGUGGGCUACUGAGAUCCCCCUGCUGCUGCAGUGUCUCCAAGGGAAAGAGGAGAGCUUCCUGGACUCUGCAGAGUUUGAGCGCCGUCUGCUAAAGUUCCUGAGGGCGUCACUGGAGACCAUAGAGGACGAGGCCUGGACCGAGGCCCUGAGCUGCGAGCUGAGCCGGUGGCUGAGCAGCUCUGCCUGCAGCUCUGGAGAAAAGUCUUUCCUGUACAAGGCUCUGGGGACAGCACUGGGAGUCUGUAAGGGAGUCCUCCACAUCCAGGAGAAGCUGCUGCAGCACCUGGAGGAAGCAAACGCGGAGGAGCCAUGUGAGGCCCAGGGAAUCAUCUCUCUUCUCAGCCAUGCUGCUGAGAGUAACUUCCAAACAGUCCUGGCCACACUCACCAUGUUUGCGUCCAGGCUGUGCAAAGGCUGCAAUGUGAGGAUUUCCAGGCGCAAGAAGAUGGAGUUGGACAGCACGAGAGCUCACGCCACACGCAGCGCUCUCAUGCUCGCCCACGGCAGCUUGGCACUGCGUGCCUCCAAGGAACAGCUGCUCGCCCACCUGGAGGGAGACAUCGUGGGCAACAUCCUGAUGCUCUACAGCUGCAGCUGCCGGGACUUGCAGAACAACCUUGCGCUGGUGCAGAGCAUCACCGACUUCAGCUCUGCCUUCCAAGGUGUGGGUGAUUCUGUGUGCUUUAACCCCACCUUGAAGGGAAAGCUUCUGGAGAUUCUGAUGGACCUGCUGAAGAAGUAUUACUCGGGCAUCCCUGUCUCCCCAGUGCCUCUCAAGGUGGUUCUGGCCCUGGAGCAGUUGAGCAAGCUGAAGCCCUCUUUUGAAAGCAAGGACAUGGAUGAGAUGUUGGUCCUGUGCUGCAAAAACAUUGUGACACACCCUUCAGCGGAGAUGAUGCUGAAGAUCAGGAAGUCACAGCAAGCAGCUCAGUACCUGCAGCUUCAGCAAACAUCACUGAAAGCUCUGGGCCGGCUGAUGGCAGUUCUGCUCGAGACAGAGCCCACCGGCGGCUUCUUUCAGAACAUAGUCCAUGUCCUGCGGAGAUCAAUGAUAUCUAAGAAUGUGUGGGAGCGCAAGAGGGCCCUGCAGACCUGCUCCCAGCUGUUGGCUGUUUGUGAAGAGCUUCAAAGAGGAGAUGCGUGUGAGCACUUUGGCUCCCUGGUGGGAUUGCUUGCGCCUCUGACAUGCGACCCCAUGCCUGCAUCCCGCCAGUUGGCUGUCACCUGUCUGAGCUCCCUUCUCCGAAUCCAAGACAAAGCAGCCAACAGAGUCAUUGAGACAAGAGACCUUGGGAGCCUGCGUGAGGGGCUGCAUGCCUGCAGCACUGUCUCUCAGCUCCAGACCACAUCCAAAAUGGCAAGAAUUGUGUGCAGAAACUUCCCCGUGGAACGCACCGUCGACUUCAUGAUGGCCAUCAAGGAGACCAUCCGGACAGCCACAGGAGUGCGCGUGCGUGCUGCUGGGAAGUGGAUGACCACCUUUCUGCAGAUGAUCAGGAAGGACAUCUGUUGGAACGUGCCACCGAUCCUCUACAUCCUGCGCAGCUGCACGUCAUCCCCGCAGCAGAGCACGUUCAUGCCCUUCCUGUGCCAGGCGGUGGCCAUCCUCACCCGCUGUCACAAGGAGUUUGUGAUUGACAACUUCUCCCGGCGGCUUGAGCCCACAGACAGUGAGACAUGGAGGAGAAUAAGAGAGUUUUGCCUUCAACGGUGGAGCCAGUAGAAGAAAAGAAA